AUGACCACCCCAACAUCCAUUUUGUCACCCUGUGACUCGUGCUUGACACUUUCAGACAAGUCCCAACAAUACAAUUCCCAAUACCUUAUGAACUAUCUAUCUUCGAGGAUCCCUGAAGAAGAAACCGAAGUAUCAGAAAUCACGGUGGUUUACGAUGGUAAUGCCAAUAUCAACAUCAAAUUAUGCUCUGUUGUGUGUUUGAUCAAUAUAUAUUUACAUAAGAAGAUAACUGUUGAGGAUUUAACAGUGAACCAUUUGUUUGUCUAUUUAUUCUACCACCAGCAUAAUUUAUUCAAUAAAGAAAUAUAUAUCGAUCAGCUAAAACUAGUUCACUUGGGAAAGAAAUACCAGUUCUCGACAUUGCACAGCAUACCUUCACCAAGACUAAUUCAUGACUUACAGAUUGAACGGUACCCUACAUUAUUAUUGAACAUUAAAGAAGACAAUUACCUACCAUUUAAUCUCGACGUUGGGUAUUAUUUGACCUGUCAGCAAACGUUUGUUGACAAAUCUACAGGUGAUGUUACUUGUCUCGACACCUUGAUAAGAAAAUGGAAACGACUUCAGAAUCAUAAGAACGGAAGCAAUACAUCUAAACGAAGAGGGCUUAAGAAUUUUCUAAAAAGUAUUAUGGUUUGA